AUGACCGGGUGCCAGUCAGGCCGCGAAGGUGGCAAGAAGCCCCUGAAACAACCCAAGAAGCAGAACAAGGAGAUGGAUGAGGAAGAUACGGCUUUCAAGCAGAAACAGAAGGAAGAACAAAAGAAACUGGAGGAGCUAAAGGCGAAGGCCGCGGGGAAGGGGCCCCUGGCCACCGGCGGAAUUAAGGAAUCUGGCAAAAAGUAAGAUGUUCUUGGUGACUGAGGCAAUGAUGACCCUUGAUUCCGUUCCUGUGUAAACAUCUGGAUUCCCUGCUAUAACAUUUGUUGCCACUUAGAAUGAAAUGUUGUCUUGGAGCCUGCUGACACUUAAGAAUAAACUUUUGUAAAAAAGAAGAAAAAUCACACAAUGUUUAGUUCUUCUCACUCAGCCAUUUCUGUCUUAGCUGUGAGAUCAGAGUGAGCCCAGUCCAGAACCUGCCAGGGCUGCUCCUCAGUCUUUGUGAUGCCCAGCAUUCUGGACCAUCUGGAAUUCAAGCAACUCAUUUGAAAUUAAAAAAAAGAAUCUAGAAAUGUUCUGCUAACAAAUCACACAUGAGGUGGGUUUUUGCCUUUGCUGAGUAGCCUGAAAGAGGGUGGAUGUUGGAACCCAAGGCUCUUUUCUAAUGUGGCUGGACAGAAAGGCCCCUGAUGAGAUUGCCAUCGAAUGUGGCUCCAGCGUGGGCUUUUUCCGGAGCGUGCCCGCGCAUGGAGAAGAGGAUUCAAAUGAAUGCUGUUCUUUUUCUGUGAAGUUGCAGCCAUAAUCCAGAGCCGUGCCACAUAAAGGAAACUGCAUCCCUGAAAAACAAGAAGCCCAACUCGGCUUCUCAUAAAAAUCAUAUGCAAUGCAUGUCAUAGACAUGCCACCCUGGGGAUUUAGGACUCUCCGUCUCUGGAAGGAAAUACACCCCCUCUUCCUUAUUGACAGGUUAGCUUACAAGGACUAAGCACCGAGCAUAAAUUGGAGUUAGGGGGAAGUGGAGGAUGACCACAUUAUUACAGGAUGGCCAAACCAAGAAUCAUAGCUCAGUCAAGUUGACACAUGACCUUAGCCCUCACAGCCAGCAUUACUCUUAUCUAAAGCCUCAGCGCGUGUAACUUGUAGGCAUUUGUCAUUAAAACACACAAUAGCCAGAUAGUAGAUUAUGUUGUGUAGUAAAUGCAGAAUGUUGCGUUAACAAGAGAGUUGCCAAGUGGGAGUAGGUCUAGAGGUAUGUAUCCUGGACUGAUGCCUUUGGAGGCCAGACAAUGGAUCUAUUUAGGCCUGUGUUAGUUUGUUACAGCCAAAUGAAAAUGCCAAUAGGAUAAAGAUGAGGCUGUCUGCCCCUGUGAAGAUUUACAAUCUCAAAACCCCACCGAAAGUUUUUCUCUGGGUUGCUGUGAGUCAGUAGUGGGUAUACAAAAUGCAAAAUGAUGGCAAGUUAUAUGAGCUCAUUUUUGCCCCAAUGGGAUGCUAAGUACACAUGUGAUUUUUUUAAAUCAUGAAAUGUAUUUUCAUGAAAUCCUUAGUACAAUUAAUUUUUUCCAUGAGUCAGCAUUCUCCUAUAACAGGUCUAUUUAAAGUAGAUUCUAUCUAUAUAUUUUUAUGUACCUUUUAACAUUACAUGGUUAAUGUUCCUUUCUUUCCUUUUUUUCUUCCUUGGUUUGUCCCUUUUCUCUUUCCCUCUCAUCCUUUUUUUUCUUAUC